AUGAACACCGGAUCGGAGAACGCCAGAUCGGAGAACACGCAGGCCAAAGCUACAGCAAACGCCGGCGACACCACCAACGCAACCUCGACCUCGGCUCAUGCUCCGCCGUCUACCCACCACACACGCGAGGAACUUAUGCACAUGCAUGCCAAGGACCUCCUCCAGAUGCUAGACGAGCGCCACAUCAACCACCUCGCUGUCGUCGAGAAGCCCGAGCUGGUCGAUUUGAUUCUUGAGCAACGCUCCCACUGA